UGGAGAUUCCAGCGUUCCAUGAGAGGUUUGGAGACAAGAUUCUGUUGGUUGAGGAGUUUAGGAUGCAUGAGGAUGAGAUGUACGACAUGUACCCAACGAGCUCUUGUGAAUACAGCUCUGAUGACGACUUUGAUGACGAAUCUGAUAACGGUUCUAAAAAUAAGCCGAUCCAUUCUGUGGAAGAAGAUGUUGGCAAGAGCCAGGGCAGAGACGACAAGGAGUCGUCCCAGAAAGAGCAACAUGACCACCCACUCACUAACUAUGGACUGUAUUUCCGCAAUAUCACGCAAAGGUGCAAAUUCGGGAACCUCUAUGGUAACAUCCACCUCCUCAACAACUACCUCUGUGUGAUCUUCGUAUGCGAGCAUCCCUGGGAAUUCGAGGGGGAUUAUAAGAUCCCAGAAUUACACGUUCACAAGAAGUACUUUUAUACUGGCAUGUACCCAUGGUCUGGCGAUUUGAAAGCAGGGUGCUUUGAACACAAUUGUGAGGUCAGGUACGGUACCCGAAAUACAUUUGAAUUCAGUACAUAUGACAUCAUGUUUGAUUCUUUCGAGUGGAACCCAGUUAUUUUUCGAUUUAACCAUUUGGGAACCUUACGCUUUCAUAAUACCAUCGUCGAUACAGUGGCUCUUGAAGAGCUGCCGGAACUGACCACUCUGGUUCUUCAAGAUUGUGAAUGCUGGCCGGAAUCAUCAACGUGGGACCUUCCGAGCUUGCAAACACUGGAAGUUUUUGGAAAGUUCGAAACGAUUGAACCCUUGAUUGAUUUUGAAUCCACUGAGCUCCAAAGGUUGUAUCUGAACCAUAUAGUGGAUGUGGAUAGUUUGUCGAAUAUCAACAAUUCGUCCUUGUUGGAGGUUUUCAUGUGUUUCAAAAUUGAUGCUUAUCAUCUGGUGGAUCUAACCGAUCUCUGCUUCCAAUCUGUCAAGAAAAUAAGGAUAGAGGCAGAGUCCAUUCUGAUUUCUGGCCUAGAGCUUCCAAAUGCGAAAGAAUUCUCACUGUCACUUUGCCCAGAAGAGCAUUGCCCUUCCAAAGCUACGGAUGCUCUAAUAUCGAUCACAGCUCCAAAAUUGGAGAAAUUUGCCAUAUUUGGUGGUGUUUUUGAGGUGGUUGAGGAUAUCGAUAUUCCAAUUUGGGAACGUUCCACUAAAAUCCCACGUACAACAUCCUGAUCACAUCAGUUAAUUGGUUGGCUCCAUGGUCGUUGUAUCGCUGGGUCAUGGGACCUGAGUUCCACUCAACGGCUCGGUUGGCGAGG